AUGAGCAGUUCAGAGAAAACUAGUUAUGAAGCAGAGAAGAAGAAGAAAAAUGGGUCAAUAAGGUCCAUUUUCAUGCAUGCGGAUGGAGUUGACAAGUGGUUGAUGACUCUGGGGUUGCUUGGAGCCAUAGGCGAUGGCUUCACUUCACGUCUGGUGAUUGUUUUAUGUAGCCGAGUGAUAAACAAUAUGGGCAGAGCAGACAGAGCUGGAGCCUCAGAUUUGGAUGUACGUAAUUUGCGCCUUAACAUCAAUAAGAACGGAAUGCUAGCGUUUGUGUACUUAGCUUUGGCCUCAUGGGUUGCUUGCUUCUUAGAGGGAUAUUGUUGGACACGAACAGCAGAAAGACAAGCUGCAAGAAUGAGAAGCAGGUAUUUGAAAGCAGUGUUAAGGCAAGACGUGGGCUACUUUGAUUUACAUGAAACCAGCACCUCGGAGGUCGUCACAAGUAUCUCAAAUGAUAUUCAGAUCAUUCAAGAUGUUCUCAGUGAAAAGGUUCCAGAUUUUGUAAGCAAAGUGUCUACGUUCGUUGCGGGUUACACAGUAGCAUUUUUCAUGGUGUGGGAACUGGCUAUGUUGGGGCUCCCAUUUUCCUUGCUUCUGGUAGUUCCUGGUUGGAUUUGUGGAAGAACUUUAACUGAAUUAGCUAAAAAGAGAAGAGAAGAGUGCAUUAAAGCUGGGACAAUAGCGGAGCAGGCAAUAUCUUCCAUUAGGACUGUUUAUGCAUUUGUUGGAGAGAACAAUACCAUUCAAAAAUUCUCUGCAGCUCUACACGGAACUAUUAAGUUGGGGUUGAGGCAAGGCUUGGUUAAAGGCUUGGCCAUUGGUAGCUCUGGCACUAUCUUUUCCAUUUGGGCUGUCAUGUCUUACUCUGGUAGCAGAAUGAUUAUAUACCACGACGUGCUCGGAGGAAAUGUUUUUGCAGUUGGCGUCUCAAUAGUCAAUGGGGGAUUGGCAAUGGGUUCUGCUUUAUCAAAUCUCAAGUACAUAACUGAAGCAUGUUCAGCUGGUGAGCGUAUUAUGGAAGUUACAAAACUAGUUCCCCAGAUUGAUUCAGACAACAUGGGAGGCAAAAUUCUGGAAUUUUUUUCAAGUGAAGUUGAAUUUAAACAGGUCAAGUUUGCCUACCCAUCAAGGCCUGAUGGCAUCAUACUAAACAACUUUUGCCUGAACAUACCAGCAGGAAAGACAGUUGCUUUGGUAGGUCCUAGUGGCUCAGGAAAAUCCACAGUGAUUUCACUGUUGCAAAGGUUUUAUGACCCUCUUGAGGGAGAGAUUUCUCUAGAUGGGAUUGCCAUUGAUAAGCUGCAGCUCAAGUGGCUAAGAUCACAAAUGGCAGCAGUAAGCCAAGAGCCUUCUCUGUUCUCAACCACCAUUAAGGAGAAUAUACUCUUUGGCAAGGAAGAUGGUACAAUUGAGGAAGUAAUUGAGGCUGCCAAAGCUAGCAAUGCUCAUAAUUUCAUAUCUCAGCUGCCUCAAGGAUAUGAUACCCAGGUUGGUGAGAGGGGCAUUCAAGUAUCAGGAGGACAGAAGCAGAGGAUUGCCAUCGCAAGAGCAUUAGUCAGAAAACCCAAGAUCCUUCUUCUUGAUGAGGCCACCAGCGCAUUAGACUCUGAAUCAGAGAUGCUUGUUCAAGAGGCUCUCCACAAGGCAGCCAUGGGUAGAACAACCAUAGUCAUCGCACACCGCCUGUCCACCAUUCGAAACGCCGACGUUAUUGCCGUCAUGCAAAAUGGUAGCGUCACAGAAACUGGCUCACACGACGAGCUAGUACAAAACCAAAAUGGGCUUUACGCCUCAUUUGUCCGUCUCCAACAAAUUCCAAAAGAAACUUCAGAAGAUCAAUGUCACUGCAACAACAGUACUAAUAGUCCCGCUCUUCCAUCAUCUGCGAGCGAAUUGAAUUCGAUCCCCCAGGACGCUGGAUUGGAUACUGCUGCUACUGCUAAAGAAAAUCCAAACAACGUGAUCAAACCCAGAGCUUCAUUUUGGAGAUUGAUGUCUAUGAGUCUUCCAGAGUGGAAGCAAGCGACUUUAGGGUGUUUGAGUGCUGUUCUUUUCGGAGCGGUUCAGCCGGUGUACGGAUUCAUCAUGGGGACCACGAUAUCGGUGUUUUUCUUGACAAAUCAUGAUGAGAUGGAAGAGAAAAUAAGGACGUUUGCGUUGUGUUUUUUUGGGCUCUCCGUUUUCUCAAUGCUGAUUAAUAUCAUCCAGCAUUACAACUUCUCAUACAUGGGAGAGCUCUUGACCAAUCGGAUUAGGGAGAGGCUGCUUUCAAAGAUACUCACUUUUGAAGUUGGAUGGUUCGAGCACCAACAAAACUCCAGCGGUGCCAUUUGCUCUAGGCUCACCAAAGAAGCUGAAAUGGUGAGAUCUUUAGUGGGUGACAGAAUGGGUCUUCUUAUACAAACCAUCUCAGGCAUCGCCAUAGCAUGGACAAUGGGGCUAAUAAUAGCAUGGAGACUUGCCGUGGUCAUUAUUGCCACCCAACCCAUAGUCAUUGCCAGCUUCUAUGCAAAGCGAGUCCUACUCAAAACAAUGUCCACAAAAGCCAUCAAAGCCCAAGAGGAAAGUUGCAAGCUUGCUGCCGAGGCAGUCUCCAACAUCCGCACCAUCACUGCCUUCUCAGCCCAGAACACAAUUCUGAAGAUGCUAGAAAAGGCCCGAGAAGGCCCCCGUAGAGAGAGCAUAAGACAGUCCUGGGUCGCGGGUAUUGGGCUCGGGUUUGCCCAGAGCAUCACAAUUCUCAAUUGGGGUGUCAGCUUUUUGUGGGGAGCCAUGCUUGUCAACAAGGGCCACGUCACAGCAAGAGCAGUCUUUGAAACCAUCAUAAUUUUGGUCAUCACCGGCCGAACCAUAGCCGAUGCUGGAAGUAUGACAUCAGACCUUGCCAUGGGUUUGUAUGCAAUCGGGUCCAUUUAUAGUAUCUUGGACCGGACCACAAAAAUCGAGCCCCAAGUUCCUCAGGACAGGCAAGUAGAACACAUAACGGGUCGAAUUCAAUUUCGUGACGUGGACUUUGCAUACCCAACUAGGCCCAAUGCGAUGAUCUUCCAACGCUGCUCGAUUGAGGUGGAAGCAGGAAAAUCUACGGCGUUGGUGGGACAAAGUGGGUCAGGCAAAUCGACCAUCAUCGGAUUAAUUGAGAGAUUCUACGAUCCAAUCAAAGGCGUGGUGGAAAUGGACGGCCGAGAUUUAAAGACGUACAACCUUAGAUCGUUGCGGAAACACAUAGCGUUAGUCAGCCAAGAGCCAACGCUAUUUGGUGGGACCAUAAGAGAGAACAUUGUAUAUGGAGCGUCCGAUGAGAAGGACGAGACGGAGAUCGUGGAGGCCGCAAAGGCAGCCAACGCUCACGAUUUUAUCAGCGGAUUAAAGGAUGGAUACGACACGUCGUGUGGGGAUAAAGGGGUGCAGCUAUCUGGAGGUCAAAGCAACGGAUAG